AGGUGCAACUAUUUUUCAGUUCAAUUUCUAAAAUUGAUGGAAGUGCCACAGCAUCAGAAAAUGGAAAGAAAAUAGAGACUGGAGUUAAGGGGAGUGCUGAUGAGAUGAAGAGUCUACACAACUCAAGUGUCAAAAAGAUCCAAGCCAGAUCUAUUCCGCCACUUUUGGAAGGCAAAUAUAUUCUUGGAGCUGCAAGGACAGGUUUUGGAAAGACCCUUUCUUUUCUGAUACCUUGCUGUGGAGAAGUUACAUCAAAUCCGAACAGAGGUAAUUGUCAUCUGCCCAACUAGGGAACUUGCCAUACAGGUAAAUAUUCUAGUUUUUAUUUUAUUUUUAUUUUUUGACUUAUCGAUAUCAAUCUUUUCCGAAGAUAGCUUGUGAUGUGAUUCCAAUUAUUAAUCCUACACUCCAAUCCUCUCAAUUACAACUCUGUUUGUGAUAUAUGUACUUUCUAAACAAGCAAAUUGAAAUGACAAAAUCAUUAUAGAAUAAAGCCAUCCCUAUUGUAUCCUUUUUUCUGCAACGAUAAUAAAUCUAGAAGGUUAAUAUUGAUAUGCAUUAACAGACUCAUUAUUUUAAAUUUCAGUUCAUGUCUAUCUGAACAAGUAAUCUUUUAAAUGGUUACAAUUGUGUUGGAGUUCUUCAUGGUCCUUGAUUUUUACUUCCACAAGAUUGUGUAUAGGAGAUAUGGAAGGCUUCUCUAUAAUGAAAUAUGUCUUGAGCACAAAAAGGAAUAAUUUGCAACUGGAAAAUUAGUCUGUCACGUUGGGAGCUGUACUGUGUACUCAGUUACUAUUUAUCAUAAGGAAAUACAUUCUGGAUUUUUAGGAAAUUUUGUGUAUGUAACUUUAUUCAAUUCUGUGAUUAGAAUUUCUUUUGAAUUAGGUUACCAGAAGAGAGAGAGCUUAACGAUUCAGUUAAAACUGAAUCUCUUAGAUGACAUUGGCUACGAAACUGUUUGUAAGUGCCUACUUAUUUGGCUUGAAGAAUGGAUAAGAACUACACUGUGUCCCUCGUUUGAAUAGGUGUUACGUGGAACGACAACAUGUCUAAUGAGAAUUAAUGUUGUAUGAGUUGUAGUAAGUGGAUGCAAGUAUAGUUGCUCCCAUUUUGGUGUUAGAUUUGUUGCUAAAUGGAUUUUGGAUCUGUCAUUUAGCAAUCCUAAGGCUGUGUAAAGGGGCCACAAUUGUAUUGGUGUACAAGAUCACACAAAAUUCUUUCAAAUCCUAAACAGUAAUAACGAUAUUUCCAUACGAAUUUUUGGCAUUGUUAUAAUUGAGUAAUUUGAGUGAUAUGUUUACCUCAUAUUUUGUCCUUAACUAAGAAGAAAGAAGUUUACCUUAUAUUUUGAGCAACCAACAAUACUUCCAUUCUCUUAGAAAUGUUUCCAUAUUUGUCACUAAGCUGUUAUGUUUACUUCAUUAUGACCAUAAAUUACCCUUAUUUAUUUAUUUAUUUUUAAACUACACUUUUCGUUAUGUUGCAUGAUAUUUCCCUUAUUUGUUGGCUGAUUGGCAGUUUUGUUUGCUUUGUAAAAAAGCAUGAUUUUCCUUUCUAAUUACGUGCCUACCAACGUCAUUUGAAUUGUUUUACAUAAAAGCUCUACUCUGCAUUAUUUGGAGGUUACCAAUUUAUUUUUUAAGCUCUGUAUUGUUACUCCAAAGAGUGGACAUUUUAAUUUGACUAUUGUUAUUGUGUUCUACCACUUACAAUCAAUAUAUGCCAUCGCAGGCCACAGCAACUGAUGGAAUCCAAUCAGUGCUCUAAUAAAUAAGCUAAAGUUAUGAAAUCCUUACAUAUUCCCAUGGGAGUACGUCGUGUGCUUUUCAGAACAUUAAACACUGACAGUUUCAAGCAGGCCUUCGAAGUGCCCUUUACUACAAUUUCCAAGAAGAAACUUUUUAAGGAUUUGUUGCGACUGUUUCCAGUUGCAUCUUCACCAAAAUCUGCGUUCUUAAGUUUUCCUACUUCAGUAUCAUACUACCAGUUUAUAUUUGAUGCUGCUGCAAAGUUCUGUGUUGAUAUUGCAACUCAUCAGCAUGGAUGUUGUGUUCUGAAUCGAUGCAUUGAUAAGUCAGUUGGGAAAUAUCAGGAAAAGUUGGUUGCAGAAAUUGCUGCUAAUGGGCUUCUUCUUGCUCAAGAUGCUUUUGGUGUAAAGAAGGGAAAUGCCUCACUGGAAGCUGUCUUGUUAUCCGUUCCUGAUGGCUACCACUGCGUGGAUCUCUGUCUAUAUAAAGAAAGUCAAAUCGUACUAUUAUUAAACGAAUCAACUACCAGUUCUAAAAGCUCCAAUAAUGGUUGUAUGAUGAUUGUACAAGCGAGUGACCUUCCAUUUGUAUCUAUUUCAAGAUCCACUGGUCUAAACCGUUGGAAUCUGCAUGAACUGAAGCUUCUGCUAGCAGCAGCUUUUUUGGAGCUGCUUUGCCUUCUUUUGGGGAUUAGAAUUCCUUCUUAG